AUGGUGUCUCCUGCCAUUGCAUUGGCUUUCCUACCCCUCCUGCUGACACUGCUCAUCCGAUACCGUUUCUACUUUGCAUUGUUCUACCGAGCGGUCCUGGUCCGCCUUUGGAAGGAUUGUGUGACUGGUCUCAGCCGAGAGGAGAGGGCCUACCAGUAUAUUCUCACACAUGCCACACCCGGGGACCCUGACAGCAUCCUGGAAACGUUUGAUGAGUGGUGCAGCAAGGUGGAGUACAUCAGUAACAUUGGACCUAAGAAGGGAAAGAUCCUGGACAGGCUGAUGAUGGAGCAAAGUCCUCUUACAGUCCUGGAAUUGGGGACACACUGUGGCUAUAGCACAAUUCGUAUGGCCCGGGCUCUACCGCUGGGUGCAAGGAUCUACAGCGUCGAGAUGGACCAGAGGAAUGCUGCUAUUGCUGAAAAGGUCAUCCGACUGGCUGGCUUUGAUGACGACACAGUGGAGCUGAUUGUGAAUCCAUCAGACGAAGUGAUUCCACGCCUACGGUCUGACUUUGGUUUGGAGAGGCUUGAUUUGGUAUUCAUGGACCACUGGAAGAAAUGCUACUGUAAUGAUCUGCAGAUGUUGGAAGGUUCUGGUCUCCUUGGGAAGGGAUCUAUAAUUUUGGCAGACAACGUGCUGUUUCCUGGUGCUCCAAAAUUUCUCAGACACAUUCGCAAGAGCAGCCUGUAUGAAUGGAAGAUCCACCGUGCCACAUUGGAGUACAGCAAGGGUAUACGGGAUGGAAUGGCAGAGUUGGUGUACCAGGGGAUCCAAUAG